CCUAGCCCCCUCUCUCCUUCGACGCUUAAACCCUAACGCUCUAUUUCACUUGCAGACUUCCAUUUCUGGAGCCCUCCUCAGCAAAGAUUGCGGAAAUAUAUUAAGAAAAGAGAGACAUGGUGUGGUUUCAGUGUGAAGAUUGCGGCGAGAACUUGAAGAAGCCAAAAUUACCGAAUCAUUUUAGGAUUUGCUCUGCUUUCAAGUUCUCAUGCAUUGAUUGUGGAGUGACAUUUGGGCAGGAAAGCGUUCAGGGCCACACUCAGUGCAUUACUGAGGCGGAAAAGUAUGGUCCGAAGGGCCAAGCUAAGGCACCAAAUGGUUCGAAUACCAAACCCAACAAGGAAACAAAACAACAGCCUGAUAUUGAUAUAAAUGUGGGGUUGUCUGAGCGUCCGCCAUGGUUUUGUAGUCUCUGCAAUACAAAGGCUACCAGUAAGCAGACCUUGCUUCUCCAUGCUGAAGGGAAGAAGCAUAAGGCAAAGGCCCGAGCUUUCCAUGCUAAUCAAAAUCCUAAGCAAACUGAAGAAUCUGCUCACGAUAAUAAUGUUCCUACUGAGAAAACUCAAAAUGGGGAAUUAGUGGAAAAUAAUUCUCUAGAGGAUCCAAAAUUGCGGAACCAUUCCAAAGGUGAUCCUGUCAAUAUCAACUCAGAAGCAGCAAAUGGGAACUUGCAAUUAAAGAAAAAGAGAAAACAUGAAUCACCUGACAAGGAUACGAAUAAAAAUGCUGGGGAUGAUACAUCAGGUGAAACAGGCAAUGGGGAGGUGAUUCACCUUCAGAGAGAAAAGGCAAAGGUGAGAGAAUCCAAGAGGAAGUUAAAAAAGGCGAAGCAUGAUGUACAAAAAGAAAAUAAAGCAGAAUCCGGCUCUAAUAAAGAUGUGAAAGAUACCAAAGCAAAGUUAAAGUGGAAGAAGCUAAUCACAUCAGCCUUAAAAUCUAGUCCUGAUGGAGUUCUAAAGAUCCGCAAACUGAGAAAACUGGUUUUGAAGGCUCUCCAAGAGUCAGGCCUAGAAGAAGAUGAGGCCCAGAUCAAUGACAUUCUUGAGCGCAAGAUCACUUCAAGCUCCAGAUUUGUAAUUGAUGACAAAUAUGUCCGACUAGUGGCUAAAGAUUAGAACUUUGAUUUUCAGAAGCUGAAUUUUUGAGGAUGGCAGCAUCAAUUCGAGUGGUUUUUUUCAUAAUGGCUCUGGAGACAUUUCAUGUUACCCUGUCGUGAGUCGUUUGAGAAGUCAAGUUUGAGCUGACCCCUUAUAUUCAUUUUGGACCACCAUGUGGGGAGCAUCAAGGUCAAAUCGUUUUUUUAUUGAAGGUUUUGCAUCAGAUAAUUGCAGCCAUGUAUUUUUAGCUAUGAUUUUUUCAGAGAAGAGGGUAUUUCUGUUCUUGUUUUCACUUUCAAUCGACAUUUAAAUAUAAUGAAAAACUUUCCAUCAUCAAUGUCAUGAAUGAAUUGAUUUUAUGCCA